AUGCAGAACCCAGGAGAGAACAAUGCCUCUGACCGAGAAGAGGUGAUUGUCGACUUUUCAGAUCUGAACGCCAAGUUGAUGGCAUUCAACCAGCACGAUGCCGAUGAGUUCGAACAAUUCUUUUUGGAGGACGACAGCAUACCCAUCGUACCGUACACAGAAGAGACUUAUCAACACAUCUUUGAAUAUCCGGAGCCGUCAUAUGACAAUCAGCAAGCACCUCUUCAAACGUACCUAACACAGCCAUACCACAUCCAGCCAACAACAGAACCACACUACGGACAGAUGCUACUCCCUCCUUCCAAUGAGCAAGGCUUUGCCCCGACUCCUGGUCUUUCGUUGGAUACCGGCGACGAGGUUAUCUAUCGCAACAAGAUUCUUGGAGAGUUCAAGAGCCCGGUCACCCCUCUCAGUAUCAUCGACAACCACAAGCAUCCCUUCGAUAGAAAGCUUCAGCAACUUCUUGAGGCAGAGCUACGCAAGGAGAGAAAUGCCGAGAUCAAGUCUAAGAAACAAGAGCUGAGAGUAUCACCAUAUGAUGGGAAGAUGAGCAAAAACAAGAGGCCCCAGAACAUUGCAGAAUUUGACGCUAAGGAUGUUUAUAAACCUGUUCCAAAGGAUUAUAUCAGAUAUCCUUGGGGGGCAGACCCUCGAGGUGGACCGCCUAUGUUCCAGUACUCAGAGCACGGAGAGCUUACACCUGGUGCUACAUAUACCACCGAGGAGCUGCACACUUUCCUAUACGACCACAAAGACCACUGGAGAAAGGAACAAGGCAACCGAAAACAGUCGGGUCUUCGACUUUGGAUACAAAAUCACCCAGCUGACAGCAAGAACCGCUAUCCAGUUCCAGGAAAGUCAGAGAAAUGCCGCUGGGCCGAAUGUCCAGUCAAGGGCGGAACCAUUCACAAAGGAUUCUUUCGAGUUGCUUUUGACGAGGUUUCUUCGUGGUAUCCCCACCCAGAGACACUCGACCCUUUUCACAAUGCCGGUUAUAUGCAUCUCAGCUGCCUUGAGAAGAUGCUAGACUUCCCAUUGCUUUGCAAACAUCUCGAUGUCGUCCCAGAUUGUCGCGUCCUCCUCGAAGGCCACAACAGAAUGGCCAUCAACCGCGAUCACAAGAAGAUGGAGCAUAUCUGCCUUGAUUUCAUCCAGAACUCUCAGCCAGGUCAGAAGCAAAACACCGACUCUGAUGAGUGGUACAAAGAUACACUGAGCUAUCGUCUCACAAAGUACCACAUCACCCACCAGCCCAACCACAUCAAGGGUAUCCGCGGUGAGCGAGGUGGAAACAACAUCGAUAUCCACCUUGGGAACACCGAGGUCUACGCGCGCAACGAGCUCACCAAGAAGCGCAGAGCGCCAGGUGAGCGAAAAGCUCCCAGUGGCAAUGGCCGUGGGAAGCGCAAGCGCAAUGAUGACCAGGUGUUCGAGGAUGAUGAUGAGGAAGAGUUCAUUCCAGAUGCAAACAUCUUCGACGGAGAUCUUAGAAGUCCAUCAAGGAGACCGACAAAGCGACCCCGAAGACGCUCCUCGGUGUACCAGUGA